AUGAAGAAGAUCAUGUCUACGGAAAAGCUCUACCUAGUGACCGGCGGUGCCGGGUUCAUCGGCUCCCAUCUGGUCGACGCCAUCUUGCAGGCGGGUCAUCGGGCCAGGGUGCUCGACAACUUUGUCAACGGCAAGCGGGCCAACCUACAAGAGGCCGCGGCGGAUCCUCGGUUGGAGAUCGUCGAGGGCGACAUCCGCAACGACCGCGAUCUGAAGCACGCCAUGAGCGGCGUCAGCCACGUCUGUCACCUUGCUUGCCUGGGAGUGCGGCACUCGCUCAGAGAGCCUUACGAGAACCACUCGGUCAAUGCCGAGGGCACGCUCAAGACCUUGCGAGCAGCCCACGCGGCCAAAGUCGAGAAAUUCUUGUAUUGCUCCUCUUCGGAGAUCUACGGCACCGCCCAGACCGUGCCGAUGAGCGAAGACCAUCCGGCCCGGCCACACACGGUCUACGGCGCCUCUAAGUUGGCCGGUGAGGCUUACAGCCGUGCCUACGCCGACAGCUUCGGACUGGCGACUGCCAUUGUUCGGCCGUUCAACACCUACGGCCCCAGAUCUCACCACGAGGGUGACAGCGGCGAGUUUAUUCCCAAAUCGAUCGUUCGCCUUCUCAACCACAAAGACAUCUUGAUUUUCGGCGAUGGCUCGCAAACUCGCGACUUCACCUAUGUGUCAGAUUCGGCGGCGGGGCUCCUCGCGGCCAUGGAUCACCCGACCACUGCCGGAACGACCUUGAACAUGGGCAGCAACUUCGAGAUUUCGAUCCGCGAGCUCGGCGAGAAGCUCAUCGAGCUGAUAGGUGGGGACUCCUCGCUGUCUUUCACCGCCGACCGCCCCGGCGAUGUCCUCCGCCUGUUCGCCGAUUCCGACCCCUUCCGCAAGCUGACCGGCUGGCAGCCAGAGGUCGACUUCGCCGACGGCCUGAGCAAGACCCUCGAGUACUUUCGCAGCCAAGACGCGACCCGGCUCGAAGCCGAAGAGCAAGGCCGUAACUGGUAA